AAUGGUGAUGAAUGUUUUCUAAAUCUUUCCUCAGUUCGGCUCCAUGACAGCAUCUCAGAAGAGGCACAUCACUACCUGAUCUUUGACCUGGUUACAGGUGGAGAGCUGUUCGAGGACAUCGUGGCCAGAGAGUACUACAGCGAAGCAGACGCCAGUCACUGUAUUCAGCAGAUAUUGGAGGCGGUGCUACACUGUCACCAGAUGGGCGUGGUCCACAGAGAUCUGAAGCCGGAGAACCUGCUGCUGGCGUCCAAGUCCAAAGGGGCUGCGGUCAAACUGGCCGACUUUGGUUUGGCCAUCGAGGUGGAGGGAGACCAGCAGGCCUGGUUUGGCUUUGCGGGGACUCCAGGGUAUCUGUCUCCAGAGGUUCUGAGGAAGGACCCGUACGGGAAAGCGGUGGACCUGUGGGCCUGCGGUGUGAUUCUCUACAUCCUACUGGUCGGUUAUCCUCCGUUCUGGGAUGAAGAUCAGCAUCGUCUUUAUCAGCAGAUAAAGGCCGGCGCCUACGACUUUCCUUCUCCUGAGUGGGACACAGUGACUCCUGAAGCAAAGGACCUGAUCAAUAAAAUGUUGACUAUCAACCCCGCAAAACGCAUCACUGCCGCUGAGGCCCUCAAACACCCCUGGAUCUCGCACCGUUCCACCGUGGCGUCAUGUAUGCACAGACAGGAGACGGUUGAAUGCCUCAAGAAGUUCAACGCCCGGCGGAAACUCAAGGGAGCAAUUUUAACAACUAUGCUGGCCACCAGAAACUUUUCAGGUAAGACCAUCAGCUCAUCCCAUUCACGGGUCAAAGGUCACGUGGAACACAGAAUCCCACAUUUUUUGGAUUUACAGAAA